AUGGGCGGCGGGGCGCGGGAGCUGGCCGGGUACCUGCUGGCGCUGGGCGGGUGGGUGUCGGCGCUGGCGGCCGCGGUGCUGCCGCAGUGGAGGCAGAGCUCGUACGCCGGGGACGCCAUCAUCACGGCCGUGGGGCUACACGAGGGGCUGUGGAUGAGCUGCGCCGCGCAGAGCACCGGGCAGGUCCAGUGCCGCCUGCACGACUCGCUGCUCUCCCUCGACGUUCACAUCCAGACCUCCCGGGCUCUCAUGGUGAUUUCUCUCCUCUUGGGCUUCUUCGGCAUCAUUGUGAGCGUGGUGGGCAUGAAAUGCACAAAGGUUGGUGAAGAGGAUCCCAUAACCAAGAGCCGCAUCGCUGUUGCUGGAGGUGUCCUCUUCAUCCUCUCUGGUCUGUGCACGUUGGCUGCCGUGUCCUUGUACGCAACACGGGUGACCUAUGAGUUCUUCAGAGAGAGCAGCGUCCCCAUCAACGCCAGGUAUGAGUUCGGCUCAGCUCUGUUCAUCGGCUGGGGGGCCACUGGCCUCACCAUGCUGGGGGGCUCCCUCCUGUGCUGCUCCUGCCCCCCCAAGGAGCGGCGAGGACAGCACUGCUACCGGCAAUCACAGCCUUCCACAGCCCGGGAGUACGUCUGACCCCUCACCCUCCCUUCCAAAGCCAACGCGGCUGUUUCGGGUGGCAGAUGGACAGAGCCUGGAUUUUGAUGCCUCCCCGCUGUGUCCAAAUCCCUCUUCCCCGGCAGGAUCCCCUGGAGCGGGCGGUGAAGUCUCCAAAUGCCGACGUGCCAAUUGCCUCCUUGUACCUCGUCUGACCGCUACUAACUGCUCUGCAAGCGCCGCGGCUCCAAUUCCAUCCGUAAAUCCCCCUACAUUCCCCUGUGCCUCCAUCCCUCUGUGUAUUGCAUGCGGUGUGCCAGCUAACCUGCAGGGAAAACAGUGGAAGGGAUCCAAAGAGCCUGAUUAUAUAUUUUUUAAUUAUUACUUUAUUUUUUAAUCCCAAUUAGCUGAAGUAGCUGAUUUGUUGGGUUUUAUUUGACUCUAUUUGAUUUUGGUUUGCUCUAUUUUAUUCCAUUUUAUUCUAAUUUUUUGUUUGUAUUGCUGUAUUCUAUUCUCUUUUGGGGGUGGUUUUUGUUCUAUUUUAUUCCAUUUUACUUUAUUUUAUUCCAUUUUACUGUGUUUUAUUUUAUUUCCCUCUAUUUUAUGCCCAUGCACUUCUUGGGGUCCAGGUCCAUGCUUGAGGGGAAGUGAUGCUAUUUUCACCCGUGGGUGGGUUGAUUUCUCUCUCUCACUUGGGACUAACCACCCUCUUUCUCUUUUAAAUCGCAGACCCCCUGUAAAAAUGCCUUCUUCACCCAUCAGGGGAGAGCAGUGCUUAUAGUCUGUCUUCACCCAUCAGGUGCUUGGUUGGCUGAACCCAACUUAUGGGGUUCCCCUCCAAAAAUACACCCCCAAAGCUACUGCAGUGAGGAUUGAAAACAAAACCUCGUGCUUUGAAACCCCCAAAAAUCUAUCAAAAAGGCGUUUUUAUAUCAAGAGCACAGCGUGAUUUAGAAGAAUGGUUUUAUUCUUUUAAUCCAAAAUCCCGUUAACUUUUCUAUGGGAUGCAUGGCCGUGGGAAUGGGACUGGUCGGGGUUUUUAAAUGCAUUUUUUUGCUGAUUGUUUGUACUAAAACUGGUGACUCUGGUAUUAAAAUAUUUCCAAUCAUGGGCA